GAAGCACCGCUGCUCCAUCCCUCCAUCCUCCCCCUCCUCUGCUCGGGGCUGGGCACUGCUCGUGGGAGGGAUUUCUGACUGACAGCGAGGAGAGAGGCAAGAGAGCAUGUGAGGGAAAGGAGCCGGACCUGGGAAAGGCGGGGGGAAGUUUUGUUAGUGCCCUGACCCGCAGGGAAGCCGCUGUGGUGCUGUGUGUGCGGGAGGAAGGCGCGGAGCUGCGGCAGGAGGAUGCCUGCACCUCUGUGGAUGGAGUGAAGGAUCACCCUGCCUGCUUCGGGAAGAGCCCUGCGAGGUGAGAUUCUCCUGCCAGAAGAGCACCCCUCCUCUCCUUUCUCCUUCUCCUUGCCAAGGGCUGGAUUUCGAAGUGCCUGGGGAAGGGGAUGGCAGCUCCGGAGCAGCUCAGCCCACAUGGGGCUGCUCUGCCGGGCACAACCCAGGUCUGGUGAGCCCCCAGGUCCGCCAGCUUUGCCAGGAAGCAAAUCCCAGGGGGAAAAGUCACUUCAGUGCAUUUCACUGCGAGCAAACGAGCAUGAGAAGCCGGGCUUGGAUUGGGGAAAAAUCCAGCUGCAACCUGCACUGCAAUUUCCAAUGGAGUGAAGAAAGUCGCUGAGCGGAACCCGAGGGGGAGGAAGCAUCCAGGAGCGAGACGAGGACUCCCCUGUGCUCCCAGAGCUUUGUCCUCUGCCAGGACAGACACUGGCACGUCGGCAGCAGGAGCCUGUGGGGAGGAGGCUGCGGGAUUGCCGGGAUAACCGCUGGAAGCACCUGGAGGGAGAGGAGCGGCUGCCAUGGAGUUUCCUGCCGUGGCACUGUCACUCCUCGUGGCGCUGCGAAUGUCUCCGCUGGCUGCUGGCAGCGAGCUGCAGCCCCACAUGCCGAACGUGUGCGCAGAGCAGGAGCUGGGCGUGGUGGCGCUGCGGCAGCCGUGCGUGCAGGCGCUGAGCCGCGCUGCGCGGGUGUGGAAGCAGGACUGCGGGGGCCGCCGCUGGUGCGCGGGCUACGAGCCCAGGGUUGUGUAUUACACAGGCUACAGGCAGGUGUACCAGCUGAGGUCCCAGACCACCUACAGGUGCUGCCCAGGAUGGUCCCAGCUCGCAGGGGAUGCUGGCUGCCUGCACACCUUACAAACUGUGAGUUCUGCAGUACUUCACUCGAACAAACUAAAAAUGGAGCCCUAUCUCUCUCUCUACAAGGUUUCUUAAGGAUGAACUGUCCAAUUAAGAAAUUACACCUAAUUUAUUUUUACUUUUAAGCCUAUAAACAACCACCCAUGGCCUGCAAUGUGGACUUUUAAUCAAUUACACAAAACCACCCAAACCCAUGGAGAAGAAGGUGAAGAAGGACUAGCUUCUGCCCUAAAACUUCCAUCUUGUUUUAUAUAUAUUUAAAACCUUAAACUCUAAGUUUUCCACCCUGUGAUAUUACACACUUCUAAUCAAGCUCCACACCCACAAUCCCAGUUCCAUCAUUCCAUUUUGGAAGCUUUUCCACGGCCUCAGGUCAAAUGCAGUGUUCUCUUGGGGAGAAACUUUUUCAGCACAGCAAGUCUGAAAUUCUCUGCAGCCAGGGUUCCUGAAAUUCUCUGCAGUCCAGGGCAGUAGUGAUUGCUCAC